AAAAAAAGAAAGUUUGGAAGAAAGGAGAAGACUAGAGUCCAUUCUUCUUACUCCCAAAACCGAACCCUUCUCUUUGAUUUCGCAUCAGAUCUACUCUCUUCUCCCAUAAAUCUAUUGGAUUCUUCUCCGCUGAGAACCCCCAUGAAGGAAUCAGAUCUGACCACCGAACCCAUCGCCCAGAACCUAAUCAAGCUAAUCAGCAAUGUCUGCUUCUCCGUCUUCGUCUUCACCGUCCUCAUCUUCACCGUAAUCGCCGUCACCUACCAACCACCAGAUCCAUGGCUCGAAUCAGCUCCUGCGCUUACCAAACUCCUCACGGCCAACGAAAACGCAACUUUCAAAAUCGACGGCUCGAUGCUCAACACCGGCGAAGACAUCGCUUCCUCUCCGAUUUCACCUCCGGCGAACUCCACGGGACCCGUCACGGAGGCGACGAUCGAGCUAUCGGAGGAGAAGAUCGGGAACAUGACGGUGAACUCUUCCUCUGUGGAUUGCGACGAUCUGAAAGUCGUGAACUGCUCAGAUCCGAGAGUGCUCGUCGCUGUUCAGAGAUUCAAUCUGAGAGUUUUCAAAUCGAUUGUCUUCUUAGAGUAUGAAACUCCCGUCAACGGUUCGAAACCCGACGAGUGCGAUGUUUCUUGGAGAUUUAGGAACAAAAAGGAGAAGUCUUGGAGGAGAUACAGAGAUUUCAGGAGGUUUAAGUUUGCCUUCGGUGAGAAUUGUACUUACGAAGUGUUUCACACUAGUGGUUGGCACUCUGGUGUUAAUGCUCGUAGGUUUAGGAUCAAGCCAAGAGGAGGCGGCGGCGGUGGUCCGAAGGCUCCCCGUGGCGCCGGCCGUGAUCCGGAGAUCAAUGAUACGAUACCGACUCUUGGCUCUCAGACGAAUUUCAGGAGAGGGAAGUAUCUGUAUUACUCAAGAGGUGGUGAUUAUUGCAAGGGUAUGAAUCAGUAUAUGUGGAGUUUCUUGUGUGGGUUAGGAGAGGCUAUGUACUUGAACAGGACUUUUGUUAUGGAUUUGAGUUUGUGUUUGUCUUCGAGUUAUAGCUCAAAGGGGGUUGAUGAGGAAGGUAAGGACUUUCGGUACUACUUUGAUUUUGAGCAUCUUAAAGAAUCUGCUUCUAUUGUUGAGGAAGGUGAGUUCGUAAGAGAUUGGAAGAAAUGGAACCGGUCGCAUAAGCGGAAAGUUGCGGUUAGGAAAGUUAAGACGCAUAAAGUGUCGCCUCUGCAGCUAAGUAAAGAUAAGAGCACGAUUAUAUGGAGACAGUUUGAUGCACCUGAGCCUGAAAACUAUUGGUAUAGAGUGUGCGAAGGCGAAGCUUCAAAGUAUGUUGAAAGACCGUGGCAGACGCUGUGGAAAUCAAAGAGGCUGAUGAACAUUGUCUCUGAGAUUAGUGGGAAGAUGGAUUGGGACUUUGAUGCGGUUCAUGUUGUUAGAGGCGAGAAAGCCAUGGACAAGAAGCUAUGGCCGCAUUUGGAUGAAGAUACAUGGCCUGAUGCGAUUUUGAAUAAGCUUAGAGGAUUGGUUCAACCAUGGAGGAACUUGUACGUCGCGACUAAUGAACCGUUUUAUAAUUACUUUGAUAAGUUGAGAUCUCAGUACAAGGUUCACUUGCUUGAUGAUUAUAGCUACUUGUGGGGGAAUAACAGUGAGUGGUACAAUGAGACGAGUCUAUUGAACAAUGGGAAACCAGUUGAGUUUGAUGGGUACAUGAGAGUGGCUGUUGAUACAGAGGUGUUUAUUAGGGGGAAGACACGUGUUGAGACGUUCAAUAACCUUACCAUGGAUUGCAAAGAUGGGAUCAAUACAUGCUGAAGUUGAACAAUCAGGUUGUGAUAUGUUUCUCUGCCAUUUCAUUUUUAUAUUUGUUUUGUUUUUUGUAUCCAAACCAGUUAUAUGCUUUUGUUGUUGUUGCCUUGUGUUCUUCUAGCAAUUGAUGUUAUUGGUGGGGGCGAGUGUAUGUAACGUUUACAUUUGGUUAUACAAAUUUCUUAAAUCUGCAACUUCAGCGACAA